AUGUCUAAAGGUGUUUUUGUAUUCGCUUUGAUCAUCGCUUAUGUUGGAUCUACUUUGGCAGCGGGAGGGGUCUUUGUGAGCAAGGAAGAGGCGUCCAACUAUCUCACCAGAGAAAAGAGAGCAAACUCCGGGUUCGAAGAGUUUGCUAAGGGGAACUUUGAACAAGAAUGUGUCGAAGAAAUUUGCAACUAUGAGGAACUGAGGGAGGUGUACGAAAACACAGCACAAACGAAUGCGAAAUGGGACGAAUUAACACGUCAAUGCGAAAAUAUGUCCCCAUGCAACGAUAUCGGAACCGAUACAUGUCAGAACCUUUGGAGCAGCUAUGCUUGUCAUUGCCAUGCGGGGUACACUGGUGUACAUUGUGAAACAGACAUUGACGAGUGCCAGCAGAACGAGACGUGCGUGCAUGGGAUUUGUAUCAACGGUAUUGGGACUUACGACUGCGUUUGUAGCACCGGGUACGAGGGAGACACUUGCAAUGACGAUAUAAACGAAUGCGAGAAUUUCGACAAUUUGUGUCAGAACGAAGGGGAGUGCGUUAAUGACGUCGGAUCUUACCAUUGCGCAUGCGCGUCCGGCUACACAGGAAGCGACUGUUCUCAGGAUGUGAACGAAUGUGAUUUGAACUUGUGCCCAGAAGGUUCUCAAUGCGAACAUGGGGCGAAUUCUUACACUUGUUUUUGUCCUGACGAGGGCUGUGGGGCAUCCGUUGACACUCAACUGCAGCAAGCAGUAGAUCCUUGAAUCAAAACGUGAAAUUGGUGUACUUAU